UGUGUCUCCUUGGAUACAGUUCUACUCCAAACUGCCGUAUUGCAAUAUGUCAGACAGAGGGCGUUAGUCGGAGUACAAGCAAAGUAGGUAAGGGGGACUAUUAGCUCAUAUCAUACUGUAAGUGUCCCUAUCAGCUGACGGGUACCACCCAUAGGUUGAUGACAGUGUUGUCCUGUCAUCCCUCACAAACAAACGUGGAUUGUGCUUUAUCCUUGGUGAUUGACUUGAGUUCACCGGAUUCACUGGCCACUCGCAGACCUGGUGUGUGUGUAUGCAGCAGUAUGGAUCUGACGAGGCUUCCAACGGAGAACGACCGCCGCUCUCUUUCAACAUCUCCAGCCCUUUACCCGUGGCUCCUUCACGGGUAAGGAGGUUUGCUCAGGAGAGGCGAGCACUCCCUCAGCCGAGAGUAAUGGUGUUUGUUUCGGCCGCUAGUGAGACUGAUAAACCAGGCGAUGCAAUGUCUAGCUCGGACUCUGCAGAGGAUGAUUUCCGAAAGCCAGCCACCCCCGCACCGAACCUAAAUCUGAGCAAGUCUCUUCGCACCACCUUAAACGCGUCUCCAUCUCCAGAGUUUCCUGAGGUAAUUUCUCUCAAUGUGGGUGGCACCUACUUCACCACCCGUCUGUCCACAUUACGGCGCUAUGAAGACACCAUGCUUGCCGCCAUGUUCAGUGGACGCCAUCACAUCCCACGUGAUGCUGAAGGUCGCUUCUUCAUUGACCGGGAUGGGGCAUAUUUCAGGGACAUCCUGAACUUCCUGCGUGAGGGCGAACUACCUCAGAGGGAUCGUGUGAGGGCGGUACACAGGGAGGCCCAGUACUAUGCUAUUGGUCCCCUGUUGGACAGCCUGGAGGACACUCAGCCACUCACAGGAGAGAAAGUCCGUCAGGCCUUCCUCGACCUCCUGCCCUACUACAAAGAUAAUCUGGAGCGCAUCGUGGAGAUCGCCAAGCUGCGCGCCAUGCAGAGGAAGGCGCGCUUCGCCAAGCUGAAGAUCUGCGUGUACAAGGAGGAGAUGCCCAUCACACCAUACGAGCGGCCACUCUUCAACUCACUGCGCUUCGAGCGCACAGAGAGCGAGGCCAAACUGUUCGAACACCACUGUGAGGUGGACGUGUCGUUCGGGCCCUGGGAGGCGGUGGCGGACGUUUACGACCUGCUCCACUGCAUUGUCAGCGACCUGGCGGAGCGUGGCAUCACUGCCGACCAGCAAUGCAUCGGCGUCUGCGACAAACACCUCAUCAACCACUACUACUGCAAGAGGCCCAUCUAUGAGUUCAAGAUCACAUGGUGGUGAAGCAGGGGGAAGAGAGAACUCUCUCCCUUCCUGUCUGUCACUGUGUUUUUUGUUGUGAGGCGGACUUGUGUUGUGAUAGGCUGACUGAUCUCCUUCCUGGUCCCUCAGGUUGAGAGAGAAAAAGGGUUGUCAGUGUCAUUCCUCCUAUUCAAGAACUGAAACCUAAUGAAGUGCAGGUUUGUCGUUUAUUUUUGCUUGUUUUAUUGUGUUAAACUCUGUGAGUUUUUGUGCUCAUCCAAGCUUGUGGACCGUCCAAAGUUUUUCAGAAAAGGGUCAAGUUAAUCUCAUAUUGUGGUUACAGUGUUGGCUGUCCCUUUGGCUUCAUUCCUACAUAUGCUAUUAUGUUUUCUACGCUUUUACGUUUCUGUGGUAGGCACUUUGAUGGUCGCGAGAGAAAGCCUUCACAAAUUAACUGGAUGCAAUUUAGCAAGCUGAUGAGAUAUUUAUCAUGGACUGUAUAUAGCUACAUGUAGAAUCAAUGUCUAUUUUUGUUACUGAUGCUGGUAUUUUCUGUCACUUACUCUCCCAUAAAGUUUUAGAAGUCCUAGGUUAGACACACAAGUAAAUGUAGAUUUUCUUUGCUAUACUGCCCGUGAUCAGCAUGGCUUUGGAAAGUCAUUCUCUUUUUACUAUUCCAGUUUGAGAGACCCAAAGGAAAUUAGAGAGUUCAAAAUCAAAUAGGUUAAAGGGGCAUGGGCAGAGUUAUUUUACUUCAGUUGCCUCAUGAAGGAUCCAAGAUAUAGUUUUUUUUACUGGAAAUGUUUAUCUGGCAGUUGAAAGUUAUGCAUUCGCUUUCUGUAAGAAAGAUCCCUGAUGGUGACACUACUGCCCCAGAAUGUAUGUCUCUGAAGGGGUUUCUAUAGCAGAUGGAACAUUGAAAUGUGCUGCUAAAAGUAAUUUAGACUUGAAAAGCUAAUAAAAACACUACAUAUAUGUGGUGAUAUCCAGCUUUGACUCAUUGUCGUUAGAAGCACUUGUCAAUUUAGCAGAUUUUUAAUGAUACUUUACAUUGAUCUGAUAUUUUCCAUUAUUCAAUUUCAUCUUCUUUUGCAGCAUGACAUGGAUUAGUCACACAAGUUUCAUAGAUAAUUUUAUAUGACAUGAUAUUUCUACUGAUUUAAAUAAAUUCAGCUUAAGUGCCUUUUCUUAAGGGCAACUGUUUCACUUACAUGGAGCUUAAACUAGGAAACCACACAAUAUUUCUAAUCAAGGACUGCAGUGACAGUAUUGUCACCUCCCCCGUUGGUUAGUUCUGUUUUCUUUCUUGUUCCCCAUGUUGUUGUUUAGUUAUUUAGUGAAUAUCUAUUAGAUUUUCAGAUGUCAUAAUGAUAUGUCCAUUUAAUUACAAUUUUAUAGAAUAGGCUACAAGUUCUAGUUUUAGAGGGCUCGGGAUCAAAAUGAUUAUGUGCAAUUGACUGUUUUUACAGCACCUGUAUUUCUGUUGUAAAAUCCACUUGUGAAUCCAUGACUUGAUGGUUUUCAGAAUGUAAUACAAUUACAACAACACAUUACUGUAUGUCCAGACAGCUGAGUUGUUCCAGUAUAGGCUCAUUAAUGCUUUAUAACAGAACAAACAAUACGGUAUGUUAUUUCUGGGUGUAAGUUAGGUGGAUCAAGAUGAAGUCUUGAUUCGUACUUGUUUUGUGCUAUUGAUGUCAUCAUACACAGAUCUCUGACACAUUUUAUUUGAGUUUUGACUUAGAUAAUGUGACCCUCUUUUCCCUCUGUUUAACUGUGAUUCUAGGACUAGGUUGAGUAAUUGACAACAAGUGUUAAGAGUUGCCACUUUCUUACUGAUGGAUGUCAAUUGAUUGGAUUUUGUCGAUUUUAUGAAGCCUGUCACAGAUUGAAGCCUCUAUCUUUUAAGAUUCAAUUGCAGGGAUGGUUUGGGGUUAGAAGAAUACAAUUGUGUUUAUUUAUUUCGGCAUUUAAGGCAAGUUUGACUUUAUGAACGUUCCAGGCACCUUAUUGAAGUUUCUCCCCUGGCUGGUGAAUGUCUUUUGUAGAUUCCAUAGCUGGCUAAUGUUGUCUAGGCUGCUCAUGGCAUGGGAAACAAUGCACAGCUAGACCCGUGCCCUACUAUUAAGUUUGCAAGAGUAAUAUCUUGCUUUAACAUACAUAUUGCAUUAUUUGUUGUAAUGCUAUGCUGUAUUGUGCUAAUAGUAAGUCAUGUAUAUUUUUUGUUUUUAUAACAAGGUACAAAUACAGUUUGUCUUAAACUAUAUAAAAUGA